CUUGCACAAACGGUAUUUGACAUUUGUGAGCUAAACACCUUAAUAUUUACCAGCGCUUGUUAUUGUGUGAAUUUUGUGAAAAUAAGUGAGCCUUGAGAAAUAUAUAUAUAGAUAUAUAAAAAGAAAAUAUUUUUGAGAAAAUAAGUAGCCUGAGAUUGAAAAGGAUUGCAAAGAAGAAGAACCAGUAUUUUAAUUGAAAAACUAAUUUUUUGUGAAAAAAGAGGUUAAGCACUUUUCGAAAUGCAAAUCUUCGUGAAGACCCUAACUGGCAAGACCAUUACUCUGGAGGUGGAACCAUCUGAUACCAUCGAAAAUGUGAAGGCCAAGAUCCAAGACAAAGAAGGUAUUCCCCCAGAUCAACAGCGUUUGAUUUUCGCUGGUAAGCAGUUGGAAGAUGGACGUACAUUAUCCGAUUACAACAUCCAAAAGGAGUCCACCCUCCAUUUGGUCUUGCGUUUGCGCGGUGGUAUGCAAAUCUUCGUUAAGACCUUGACCGGCAAAACCAUCACCUUGGAGGUCGAGCCAUCUGAUACCAUUGAGAAUGUGAAGGCCAAAAUCCAAGACAAAGAAGGUAUUCCUCCAGAUCAACAACGUUUGAUUUUCGCUGGCAAACAAUUGGAGGACGGACGCACAUUGUCUGAUUACAAUAUUCAGAAGGAAUCUACUUUGCAUUUAGUUUUACGCCUUCGUGGAGGUAUGCAAAUAUUCGUUAAAACUUUAACUGGUAAAACGAUUACAUUGGAAGUUGAGCCUUCCGAUACAAUUGAGAAUGUUAAGGCUAAAAUCCAAGACAAGGAAGGUAUUCCCCCAGAUCAACAGCGUUUGAUUUUCGCUGGUAAGCAGUUGGAAGAUGGACGUACAUUAUCCGAUUACAACAUCCAAAAGGAAUCUACCCUCCAUUUGGUCUUGCGUUUGCGUGGUGGCAUGCAAAUCUUCGUUAAAACUUUGACCGGCAAAACCAUCACCUUGGAAGUCGAACCAUCUGAUACCAUCGAGAAUGUCAAGGCCAAGAUCCAAGAUAAGGAAGGUAUUCCCCCAGAUCAACAACGUUUGAUCUUUGCCGGCAAACAACUGGAAGACGGACGCACUUUGUCUGACUACAACAUCCAAAAGGAGUCUACCCUUCAUUUGGUCCUGCGUUUGCGCGGUGGUAUGCAAAUCUUCGUUAAGACCUUGACCGGCAAAACCAUCACUUUGGAGGUCGAACCAUCAGAUACCAUCGAGAAUGUCAAGGCCAAGAUCCAAGAUAAGGAAGGUAUUCCCCCAGAUCAACAACGUUUGAUUUUUGCCGGCAAACAACUGGAAGACGGACGCACUUUGUCUGACUACAACAUCCAAAAGGAGUCUACCCUUCAUUUGGUAUUGCGUUUGCGCGGUGGUAUGCAAAUCUUCGUUAAGACCUUGACCGGCAAAACCAUCACUUUGGAGGUUGAACCAUCAGAUACCAUCGAGAAUGUGAAGGCCAAGAUCCAGGACAAGGAAGGUAUUCCUCCAGAUCAACAACGUUUGAUCUUUGCCGGCAAGCAGCUAGAAGAUGGACGCACCUUGUCCGACUACAACAUCCAAAAGGAAUCUACUCUCCAUUUGGUCUUGCGUUUGCGUGGUGGCAUGCAAAUUUUCGUUAAAACUUUGACCGGCAAAACCAUCACCUUGGAAGUUGAGCCAUCUGAUACCAUUGAGAAUGUGAAGGCUAAAAUCCAAGACAAGGAAGGUAUUCCCCCAGAUCAACAACGUUUGAUCUUUGCCGGCAAGCAGUUGGAAGAUGGACGCACUUUGUCUGACUACAACAUCCAAAAAGAAUCUACCCUUCAUUUGGUCCUACGUCUACGUGGUGGCAUGCAAAUCUUCGUAAAGACUUUGACCGGCAAAACCAUCACCUUGGAGGUCGAGCCAUCUGAUACCAUCGAGAAUGUGAAGGCCAAGAUCCAAGACAAAGAAGGUAUCCCUCCAGAUCAACAACGUUUGAUCUUUGCCGGCAAACAACUGGAAGACGGACGCACUUUGUCUGACUACAACAUCCAAAAGGAGUCUACCCUUCAUUUGGUCCUGCGUUUGCGUGGUGGUAUGCAAAUUUUCGUUAAGACUUUGACGGGCAAGACCAUCACCUUGGAAGUCGAACCAUCAGAUACCAUCGAGAAUGUGAAGGCCAAGAUCCAAGACAAGGAAGGUAUCCCUCCAGAUCAACAGCGUUUGAUUUUCGCUGGUAAGCAGCUGGAAGAUGGACGUACAUUAUCCGACUACAACAUCCAAAAGGAAUCUACCCUCCAUUUGGUGCUACGUCUUCGCGGAGGCGCAUUCUAAAUUUAAAUAGAAAAUGAAAACCAAAUUCAAAAUUCAAGAGUAUUCAUUGUAUCUCGUUAUUUUAGCUCUAUUUUGUAUUUAAAAGCUUUUUACAUCAGUUCUGAUUAAAAAUUGAAA